UUAGAGUUUAGAAGACAUUCCUUCCUUCUCUUACUGGUUAGUUAUAUGUCGUGAUCUGUAUACCCUUUUGCUUCCUUGUUUUAUUCUUUUUAUUCUAUUCCUUUUUUUUGUAACUCUCCUGUUGGUUGCUCCUUUUGUUAUCGUUGUUGGGGUUGGCUAAGGCAUGGCGUUCGCCUUUUCACAAACACUUGGAACUCAUAGCUGUAAAGACCUUCUAAUACACCAUCCACUGACUCAGUUAACUCGAUCUCUUACUCUUUCUUCCUCUUUUUUUCCUAUUUUUCUCCAACCCAUCUCUUUGACGAUUAAUGGCACAAACCCUUUUCCUCCUCCAUCCUUGAUACGGCUUCUUACAGUGUAGGGUCUCUGGCUCUGGGUCGGACCAGUCGGUCAUGGCUUCCGCUGGGAAGAUUUCUUCAUUCUAUCGCGAGGGAAAUGAUUGGUUCUGUAAUGCAACUCUGCCCAGUGAUAUUACUAUUGAAGUAGAGGGUGUAUUCUUCCAUCUUCACAAGUUUCCACUCAUGUCUAAAUGUGGGAAGAUGGCAAAUAUAUUAGAAGAAUCCCAGAAUAAGGACAGCGGUACUUUGAAUACGGCAUUAAGUGAAUUUCCUGGUGGGCCCGACGUAUUCCUGGUUGCAGCCAAAUUCUGCUAUGGGAUCCGGGUGGAAUUGACAUCAAAGAACAUAGUAAUGGUGUAUUGUGCGGCAGACUAUCUUGAGAUGACAGAGGAGUAUGGAGAAGAAAACUUAUUGGCCAAGUCAGAAAUUUUCUUUCAUAAGAACACACUCCGUAACUGGAAAGAUUGUAUUUUGGCUCUUCAGAGUUCUGAUUCUGUCGUUCCAAGGGCAGAGAAGCUCCAAGUUGAGAAAAAAUGCCUGAAUUCUAUAACUAUGAUGGCCUGUACCGAUCCGAGUUUGUUUGGAUGGCAUAUGAUGAUUUAUGGUAGAUUACAGAGCCCUGGUGGAAGUAUCCUAUGGAACGGAAUAAACACUGGAGCAAGAAUCCAGAGCUCAGAGUCUGACUGGUGGUUUGAAGAUGUCUCUUACCUCAGUGUGCCUUUGUUUGGAAGACUUAUUCAAACAAUGAAUGCGAAAGGGAUGAGACCUGAAAAUUUAGCAGCUGCAGUAAUGUACUAUGCAAGAAAAUAUCUACCAGGUCUUGGCCGGUGGCAGAGCAGACAAAGUGGAAAACCAAGAACCGUCGCAAGUUUCAGCUUGACACCUGUGACCAUUGAUCAGAGACUUCUACUGGAAAGCAUCGAAAAGCUGCUUCCAGAAAAAAAAGGAAAAUCAUUUUGCCGCUUCUUGUUGGGACUUCUACGUGUUGCUAUGAUUCUGGAUGUUAGUCAACCAUGCAAGGACUCUUUGGAGAGGCGAGUAGGGAUACAACUAGAUCUGGCUACUCUUGAUAGUCUUCUCAUUCCUAGUUAUUCGGAUUCUGAUACUCUCUACAACACUGAUUGUGUAGAGCAGGUUAUUCAGCAUUUUCUGUCAGAACCGAGUAUAACAUCUUUUUCUCCAUCAUCAUUUGACCAAGAUUUAUCCCCCACAUCAUCUGAACCAUUAAAGAAAGUUGCAAAGUUGAUCGAUAGCUAUAUUGCAGAGGUGGCUGCUGAUGUGAAUUUGAAACCUGAAAAGCUACAAUCUCUCUUGGAGGCCCUUCCAGAGUGUUCAAGGUCCUUACAUGAUGGGCUGUAUAGAGCAUUGGAUAUCUAUUUCAAGGAACAUCCAUGGCUUUCAGAGAAUGAGAAGGAGCAACUCUGCAACGUAAUUGACUACCAGAAGCUCUCAAUUGAUGCCUGUGCGCACGCAUCCCAAAAUAAGCGACUACCACUCAGAGUUAUUCUUCAAGUCUUGUUCUUUGAGCAGUUGCAGUUGAGAACAGCUCUUGCUGGCUGUCUUCAUGUCUCAGACAAUGAAGGUGCUCCUACAGGUGUUGCUACUGCCACCAGUGACAUGGCAGGGCAAAUACUGCAGAGAGAUGGAUGGUUCACAGUUGUUCGCGAGAAUCAGGUAUUGAGGGUAGACAUGGAGAGGAUGAGGACCAGGGUUGGGGAGCUUGAACGGGAAUGUGGUAGAAUAAAGAAAGAAAUGCAAAAGGUAGCUAAAUCUCAUAGCUCUCUCAGUUCUCCUCAUCUAUUGGCAAGGAGAUUUGGGUGCAAGCUUCUACCACGGUCACAAAAUGUGCAAGCAGAUACCAUUGAAAAUGUUGGUCAGAGCCCAAGAGUACCGAUUGACCAGGCACGCUCUUCUCGCCCUUCCAGACACCGUAAAAGCUUCUCUUUAUUCGGAGUGCAGUGCAAAGAACAAGUAUGCUGUAUGAAAAAAAUGGGGAAUGGCAACACUUGCAGUUGGGCUGACAUCAUAAAGCAACCAUUCCUGCCUUCCACUGAUAUUAACAUACUGCCCACUAGCAGCAGAGUUGGACCUUGUUUGUAUAUGAGUCGCCAUUGAAGAUGCUCUAGGACAAAAUUAAAAGGUGAUUUGACUCUGAUUUAUUGCAUUUCUAGAGGAUCCAUAAAAGAUACAUUGGCAGAUAUCUGAAGUCAGUGAUCUGAUGUGUUAACCUGGUUUCCCAUAUCCCUGUACAUAUCUGGCGUACAUCCUCCUUUUAAAUUGUAAUCUGGUAGAAUCCUGGGGGGAAAUUUGUUAAAGUUCAAGUGUUGCCACUUGCUGGAAAGAGUGCAAGUCUAUUCUCGGAUGUUGCUAUUUGUGGGAGUCCUCACCUUUGGCCAAUCAAAUCUCCAGAUCAAUGAGUUCAUAUAAACAACACUGCUCGGUCACCACUCUCAAGAAAAACACAGGAAGUUAUCAUUGCUAUACAAAUGUUCAUUACUGAAUUUAGUUGAUCAAGUGUACAGCCUGUAAAUAUGUAUAGUUUCAGAUACAGUGGGAAGCUAUGAAAGGUUUGAAGCUCCCUUCAAUGAAAACUAUUCUGAGAAUGUUUCAUGUUUUCUCUUCACUUUCCUUUUUCUUGAGCGGUAGAGUGGAACUUGCAAACUCAAGGUUGCUACUGCUGAUUUAUUGCAAUUGUCCAGUUAAUCCAUUUCAGAUGGAUGUUAUUAUUCAUGA